GCGCAGAUGCUGGACCUGGUUGUUUUGGAGCAGUUCCUGGCACUUCUGCCCCUGCAGAUGGAGAGCUGGGUGCGGGAGUGUGGAGCAGAGACCAGCUCCCAGGCGGUGGCCCUGGUGGAAGGCUUCCUCCUGAGCCAGGCGGAGGAGAAGAAGGUGCAGAUUGAGCUGCAGUCCUUUGCAGUGAAGAUCAGAGAUCCUGAGAUAAAGAGGCAUCCAUCAAAUCUCCCUCAAGAACUGUUUUUCAGGAGGAUCUGUCAGGAAGUUCUAAAUCAGGACACCUCAGGAGGAAAGGAUAGAAAGAAGUUGACUCUUCCUUAUGGUGGAUCUGAAUCAGUGAUUGAACCUCCAACUCAGGAGGGCCUUGUCUCCUUCGAGGAGGUGGCUGUGUGUUUCUCCGAGGAGGAAUGGUGUGAGCUUGAUCCUGACCAAAAAGCACUGUAUUGGGAAGUCAUGAUGGAAAAUUAUAAGAACGUGAUCGCUCUUGGUAAGGGUUUGCUAUUCUCCAAUCAGAGUGUCAGGAAGAUGUUUU